AUGUCGAAACUCUAUAUUGAAGACGAUAUUGCUGUAGCUUUAAAUGCUAUCGUGAAUGGUGUUUUGAUGCGAAAAGCUGCUCUGGAAUAUGGGAUUCCUUAUAUUAUAUUUCAGAGUUGUAUCAAUGGCUGUGUAUCUUAUCAAAAAGGUUCCGAAAUGAUGCAAAAGAUUGCUUCGAUUCAGGAGAGACGUUUAGUGGAAUGGAUAUUAGUACAAGAGAGCUUGGGUAUUAGUUCUAUUCAUUGGCAAAUUCGAGAAAUUGUUGAACGUUUUCUCGAUAUAAAAGAACUCGAUUCUAUUCUUGGAAAACGAUGGGUAUACAAUUUUUUGGAGAGGAAUCCAGAGAUUAGAAUUAAGAGACAAUAUAGAAUCGAUUCUGCCCGAGUUUCGGGUGCUUUCUAUGAUAUUAUUGUGCUAUGGUUUCGAAAACUCGAAUUGCCCGAGAUUAUCGAUAUAAAACCACAAAAUCGAUACAAUAUGGACGAUGCUGGUAUAAUGGAGGGUCAGGGUCUUAAUGGUCUAGUAGUAGGAAACUUCCAGUGUUUUUAUAUUCAAAAAAAACAAUCUGGUUCAAGAGUUUGGAUAUCUUUUAUCGAGUGUAUUUCGGCGACAGGAAGGGCCCUCAAACUACUCGUUAUUUUCAAGGGGAAAACUGUUCAACAAUAA